CUUAAGCUAACUACUUAUGGAAAAAAAUAUUGUUUCCUGAUUCUUUGAUAUUUACUAUUAUAAGCACAGAAGAAAAAUAUAGAACUAUACCUCUAUCUAUACUCGUGUUUUAUUGUUUCACUUCCCUCACAAACAUAAGAUGUACUUGGAGAUUAGAAAUAUGGCGAAGUGAAUUUCUUUUUAAUGUAAAAAAAAAUAUAUUCGUUACGAAAUGUAAUACAUUUGGUUAUUCUUUACAAAAUGUAGGAAUAGGACAAUUAUCUGUAAUAUACAUUUCAAAGGAGAUCAAAUGUGAAUAUAAUGCCUGAUUAUGCUUUUAUCAAGUAUAGCAUUUGUGUACAUUCAAAUAGGUCUUACUUUAGUUUCAGCUUUUUCAGACUGUGGGCCCGCCGAAGAAGGCAAGCAGUACCAGUUGUCUUAUAGGUGGACUGCUACGAGCAACGCCACUAAGCUGACAGUACGAAGGAACGGUCACAUGAUAGGCGGCUGUGACACUGGUCAUUGUUCCAGCUACUACAUACGAUUUAACAUCUCGAUAGGCAAAGCGACUGAACAAGAGUUCGUCAUACAUGUAACGAUAGAAAACAUCACUCGAGAAGACGCGAGUAACUGGACAAUUAGUUACAUAGGAAACCAUGACAGCAAACAUUUAUCUUAUUGUUAUCUUCCUACAUUCUUCAGACCAAACAAUGUCACGUGUCAUACAGUAGAAGAUAUGAUUGGCUUGAAGAUCAAAUGUACUACAGUGAAAGUCUACCCUGCUGCGAAAUGUUUAUUCUUAGUAUAUAUCAAAGGUAAAAAAAUAGACCACACCAACAAAAUUGUUUACGAACAUACUCCUAUGAAAUCAACGGAACUCCCAGACGGACAAUAUUUUAGUUCAAGUUGCACAUGUACGUUACCACAGUUACACAUGGAACCUGGAGAGUAUCUUAUAAAUGUUACAGUAGCACCGGUGAUAAUCAAGUCAGGAGAGGAAGAGAAAUACGGAUUAACUUCACCUACCAAUUUUUAUAUAGAUAGCUCCGAAGUAAAACUAGAAAACUGUCCAAAAAUAGUUGAAUUAAACACAACCAUCACGUGCUCAUGUGUAAUAGUUGGAAAGAGAAAAACGUCAAACGCGAUCCGAUGGUACAGUCAAGAUGGACGUCUUCUUCAUAACGGAAGCUCAAUCACAUUAACAGGCAGUCAAUCGUUAACAGAAUACAAAUGCGAGGGUGAUAUCUAUCUUACGUCAAAGAAUCCUUCAGUUUUAUAUAGUCCAGUGGUGCUAGAUACAAAGAAAAAUAUCAACUGCAGCAUUGAAGAAACAAAUGAAAACUUGCAAGUAAUUUGUUCAACACAUGAAAUAUGUUCAAGAGUUGCAUGCAUUUUUAAUGUUACUUACAGCAGGACUGAUACUGGUUUAGAGAAAUCAAGUUAUGUGACGUUUAAUCUUGAGGAACACUGCAAUUGUUGCACUUGUACAUUAUAUCUCAAAAGAUCACACUUUGACAGUGCUGGAGUGUACAACAUCAAAAUAACAUUCUCUCUUAACACAUCAGAUAUCAGUCAACACAUUGUAUAUGAAGCCAACAGUUUUCUACAAUUUUUAAAAGUGGAUGACAGCCAUAGAAGAGACAAGACAAGUGCACGAUUCUUUCAGAUAGUAUCUAUUUCUUCAGUGGCAGCAGUUCUAUAUUUGAUGAUGUCCUCAGCUCUUAUUUAUAUAGCAGUUCUUAAGAAAAGAAAGAAACAGAAGAAAAUAGUUAGUCGUAAAUCAGUGAAAAAUGUGAAGACCUAUGAGAACAGAUUGUCCAUACAGUCAGACCAUAACUAUGAAUGUAUACAACCAGAAGAUCACUAUGACAGAUGUGUUGACUUGGUGCAGGAUGAUGAGGACAGACAGCAGGAUCAGCCCAUGCAAGACAUAGUUGAUACAGAAUACAUCACCCCCAUAGAAACAGAACAUAUGACAUAAUCCAACAUAAAGAGUGUUUGCACGGCAAACUCUACACUGAAAUGAUUAAAAGCUUAACUACUUUCUUACUUUUAUCCUAGAAAGAAAAUACAAUCUUCACCAAUUGAAGAAAAACAUUGUACGUUCCCUUGGCAAUGAAGUAAUUACUAUUAAAAUAAUUAAAGUU